AUGUCGACCGAUCCGGCGCAAGCAGACAAAUCGGCCGUUGCUGCCGCCGAAGAAGGUAGCCCCGUCGCACCGCAAGGCUUUCAACAUGUCCACAUCGACCCCGUCGUCGAGAAGCGGGUAAUCAAGAAGUUGGACAGACGAGUUCCGGUCUUUAUGUUUGUGGCUUUUUUGCUUGCUUUCCUUGACCGGUCCAACAUUGGCAACGCCGAGACCGCGGGCAUGAGUAAGGACCUCAACUUUAGUGAUGCUCAAUAUCAGUGGCUCCUCACCAUCUUCUACAUUCCGUACAUUCUCUUUGAGUGGGCUGCUAUCUGCUGGAAAAUCGUGCCACCCCACAUUUGGGCUGCCGUCAACGUCUUUACUUGGGGUCUUGCCUCUGUUCUUCAGGCCGCCGCCUUCAACUGGGAGGGCCUUAUGGUCUGCAGAUGGUUUAUGGCCAUGGCUGAGGCCGCCUUCGCGCCAGGCGCGCCAUACCUCCUGAGCUUCUUUUACAACCGUCAGGAGCUGGGAGUCAGGGUCGCCUUCUAUGUCUCUGCUGCACCUCUGGCUACCACCUUUGCCGGCGCGCUCGCAUACGGCAUCACCUCUGGCCACCCAUCUAUCGCCAACUGGCGCCUCCUCUUCAUCGUCGAGGGCCUGCCGACCAUAGUUCUCGCCGUGUUCCUCUACUUUUACCUCCCGGACUCCCCGGACACGGCCCGCUUCCUGACCGAGGAGGAGCGGCAGGUGGCCAAGGCCCGCUCCGUCCAGCAGAGCGGCCAGGAGGGCAAGGACCGUGUCGGCCACUUCUCGGUCAGGGAGAGCCUCGCCGCCUUCAGGAACCCGCAGACCCUCAUCCAGCCCCUCAUGUACUUCAGCUGCAACGUCUCGUACGCCUCGCUGCCCGUCUUCCUGCCCGCCAUCCUCACCACCAUGGGCUUCUCCAGCAUCAACGCCCAGGGCCUGUCGGCCCCGCCCUACUUCCUCUCCUUCCUCGUCUGCAUCGGCUCCACCUGGGUCGCCGACCGCACCGGCCAGCGCGGCCUCGUCAUCGUCGCGCUGUCCGUCGUCGCGGGCGUCGGCUACAUCCUGCUGGCGACGGUGCGCACAGUCGCCGUGCGCUACUUUGGCGUCUUCCUCGCCGCGGCGGGCGUCUUCCCCUGCAUCGCCAACAUCCUGCCCUGGGUGCUCAACAACCAGGGGACCGACGCCAAGCGCGGCGUGGGCAUCGCCAUGCUCAACAUCAUCGGCCAGUGCGGCCCCUUGCUCGGCACGCGCGUCUUCCCCGUGACGGACAAGCCCUACUACGUCAAGGGCAUGGCCAUCUGCGCCGCCUUCAUGUUCUUCAACGCCUUCCUGGCCAUAUCGCUGCGGACGUACUUUGUGUGGAAGAACAAGCAGUUCGAGAGGGCCGAGGCGGCGGCCGUUGCGAGCGGCGGCGGCGGGGACGACAAGGGGCAGCAGCUGGCUGAUAUGGCGACGGCGACGGAGAUCGAGGGGACGUUUGGGUAUAGGUACAUCUUGUAA